UCUCAGUACGCGUCCACACGUCGUCAGGGCACGAUUUACUGUCGCUCUGUUCGGUGCUCACGAAUUUCACGAGUGCCGCGUCCACCCUGCUGUGCACGUGACUCUGCUCCACCGCACGACAUUCAAAUCGUCCAUCCGGUAUUCGUAUGCCUCGUGAUCCAUCCCGGAGCGUCUUCUUGAAUGAACUACGAGAUGUGGCGAACAGGUCGUCCCUCGUCGUGUAGGAGUUGAAUAAUUAGCAAGAUUUGUUCCAUCUGGAGACCAAAGAGAAGAAUACCUCUGGUGACUUCCGGAUUAACGCAUGCCCGGGAGCGCGAUCGUUUUACGAAAUGACGUCGAUCCCAUUCACCGUAUCAUCGACGCAGCCAGACCCGUGUCCAACAGUUCACUACUGGAUACAAACAACGCAGAUUUAACUGGCGGACAGUCUAAGGAUUUCAGGAAAGGUGAAGAGAAAAAUCGCGAAUUUCUUGAGUGAUUGCGAGAUCCGUCGUGUCGAGGGAGGGAACCUUCGUGAUUUACGAGGGCCAAAGAAAAAACUCUCGUGCAAGGGAAAAAUCUUAAGGCAAAAUGAACGUCACGAUGAUGAGCCCGACGACCGUCAGCGACUACACCCUGGUGAGCCAGGAGGAGUCGAUCCAGAACUGCGAGGCGGAUUUACCAGUGAUCUCGGUGCUUAAUCAAAUCCUGUUCUCCAUCGUCUGCAUCGUCGGCCUCUUAGGCAACACUCUCGUAAUUUACGUGGUGCUGCGGUUCUCGAAAAUGCAAACGGUUACCAACAUGUACAUCGUGAAUCUGGCGAUCGCCGACGAAUGCUUCUUAAUAGGUAUACCAUUUCUGGUCACCACGAUGAGCCUGCGCAGCUGGAUAUUCGGAAAGAUCAUGUGCAAAGCUUACAUGACCACGACCAGCAUCAACCAGUUCACUAGUAGCAUUUUCUUGCUGAUAAUGAGCGCUGACCGGUACAUCGCAGUGUGCCAUCCGAUAUCAUCGCCGAAAAUUCGUACACCGUGCAUUUCGAAAGUGGUCUCAGUCGCAGCCUGGACAGCCAGCGUCGGCUUCAUGAUCCCCAUAUUUCUCUACGCGAACGCGAUGGAAUCAGACAAGGGUAUCAACUGCAACAUCUACUGGCCCACAGACCGCGGCGGUCACACUGCUUUCACCCUGUACAGCUUCAUCACCGGAUUCGCCAUCCCGUUGAUAUUGAUCCUGAUCUUUUAUUUCCUGGUGAUCAGAAAACUGCAGACGGUCGGCCCGAAGAACAAGUCGAAGGAGAAGAAGCGGUCCCAUCGCAAGGUAACUAAACUGGUGUUAACCGUGAUCACCGUCUACGUUCUCUGCUGGCUACCCUACUGGCUGAUGCAGGUGGCUCUGAUCUACACACCGCCUAAGCAGUGUCAGAACAAGAUCACUAUCACCAGUUUCCUACUGGCUGGCUUCCUGAGUUAUAGCAACAGCGCGAUGAAUCCUAUACUGUACGCGUUCCUCAGCGACAACUUCAAGAAGAGUUUUAUGAAGGCGUGCACCUGCGCCGCUGGCAAAGACGUGAACGCUACGUUGCACAUCGAGAACAGCGUAUUUCCAAGACGGAACAAAGCUAAUGCUGAGAAACUGCAGUCGAAUCGACUAGCUGCGACCGGUCACUCAAGGUUGGAAUUGGAGGACGAGGACGCAGAGAGGGGGUUGCUGAUGAGUAAAACAUCGACCACCACCGUGACCAUGACGUCACGAUCGAAUAUUACCAUAGGCAAUGAUUCGAAGGAUCAAACCCACAGGGAGAACGCGAUGAAGAAUGGCACGCAAUUAACCCUACUGACACAAGUGUAAAAUAAAUGAAGGUGAUCAACGAAGUGGAAACGACGAGAUAAGAACGGCUUUUCUCUUCCUGCUCCCGAGCGAUUAACGAGAAUCGAUCAAUUGAAUUUGAUCAUUCAUCGAAUUUGGACAAAUUGACAAUCUCCCGUGCGUUCCUUGAUAGUUCCGUUUGCCAGAUUAAUUCUACCUGAUCUUGGACAUCGUCCCCACACUGGGCGACUGACAAUUCGCUGGGAGAAAUUGAGCGUCCCUCGACCCACCAUUAUUUUUCAAGAAGGAGAACGCGGCUUAGUUGGCCCCUGCUUGUGACAGAAGAAUGGGCGGGUUUCAGAUGUUGACAAACGCUAGUCUGUUCAAAGGGAGGUCAAAAUACCGGAAAAGCCACGUAAAAGAAAGUUUUUCCAGAGGAGAUAUCGUCGAGGGGUUCUUAUUUUCGUACGGACAGGCGUCGUUCGGAAAAUCGUGUAGACGUUGAUAAAAAAAAUUUUCUGUACAUAAUUUGUAGUUUGUUAAACCGUGUGAAUGUGUUAACGAUUAACGUCGAGAAAGGUUUUCGUGCCAAAGACAAAUUGUCCCGGCGACACGUUUUCUGAAAGAGGAAACCGGCGUGUCUUAUCAACGAUGGCCCUUUCGCGUCUCCAGCCGUGAACGUAUUCAUCGAUCAAUGGUUAAGGAAGAUCGAUACAGAACGCCUCAGCGAGCAUCCCUCGAGACCCGCUGCUCGAACAGGCUUCUUUCUUAUUUUCGCAGCUUCCCUCAACGUU